AAGGAAACCAUCCAAAGUAUCAUUCGCCCAUUUGCGCUACACACAUCACACCAGCCCCGGUCGUCUACUUUCGAGUCAACUCUCCAAGAUGAAGAAGUUCUUCGCCACGAUUCUCAUUGCCGCCGCCAUCGUAACUCAGGGUGUUGCCCAGACUCCGAACACACCAGCGGCAACAACCACCACGACCACAGCACCUGCUGUCACUCCAUCCACCGCUCCCAGCACUACCACAGCUCCUCCCUCUACGACCCCAUCGCCAAAUGCGCUUGUGCCUGCUACGACGGCCCCGGUUGAGCCAAUCACCCCAACGACCUCACCCACCGGUGUUACAAGCGCGCCGACAGCGUCUGGCGAGGGCUCCACAGACAAAACCAAUGAAGCUGCAUCGACCGGUUCCGAUGCUAGUGGAUCGAGUAAUGGCUCGCCCAAUGUGGGCGACACUUCAGGCUCCUCGAUUGCCAUUAGUGGACAGUGCAUUUCGCUUCUGUCUGCAGCAUCUGCUGUCGUUGCUACUGUGGUUGCUGCUCUGUUCUAAGUGUACUCCGAUAGGUUUACUCGCCCCAAAAAGGCAUUGCUAAUGCAUACGCGCCGCCAUAGCGGCUGCAGUCCCCCAAACGG